AGGAGCAUCGCAAAAUUUGCUCUUCGCGUUACAUUUCUUCUAGUUUUCUAGCAACUAGCAGCUCUUUGUUCUCGCCAUGUCUGAGACUGCUCCCGCCGAGACCGCGGCUCCGGCUCCUGUAGAGAAGUCUCCCGCCAAGAAGAAGACAGCGAAAAAAGCUGGCGGGGCGAAGCGCAAGGCCACUGGCCCCCCGGUGUCCGAGCUCAUCACUAAGGCUGUUUCUGCCUCUAAGGAGCGCGGCGGCGUGUCCCUGCCUGCCCUUAAGAAGGCACUGGCUGCUGGUGGCUACGAUGUGGAGAAGAACAACAGCCGCAUCAAGCUUGGGCUUAAGAGUCUGGUGAGCAAGGGUACCCUGGUGCAGACCAAGGGCACCGGCGCCUCCGGUUCCUUCAAGCUUAACAAGAAGGCGGCUUCUGGCGAGGCCAAGCCCAAGGCUAAGAAGACAGGGGCUGCCAAGGCAAAGAAGCCUGCAGGUGCUACCCCUAAAAAGCCUAAGAAGACUGCGGGGGCAAAGAAAACCGUGAAGAAAACUCCAAAGAAAGCGAAGAAGCCUGCGGCGGCUGGAGUGAAGAAAGUUGCCAAGAGUCCUAAGAAGGCCAAGGCUGCUGCCAAGCCUAAAAAGGCAGCAAAGAGCCCGGCCAAGCCCAAGGCGGUGAAGUCUAAGGCAUCCAAACCUAAGGUUACCAAGCCUAAGACAGCUAAGCCUAAGACUGCCAAGGCCAAGAAGGCUGUUGCCAAAAAGAAGUAGGUUUGCUUGCAACAGCAACAAAGCCCCAAAGGCUCUUUUCAGAGCCACCUAGAGAGCUCUGUGAUUGUAGCUGUACACACUUAUGCUUUCCGCGGUCUGUUUCGAUUGGGCCAGUUAACUGGAACACUUCCGGUGCUCACAGUCUACAAGGUAAGAGUUAAGAUGGCUGUUAGGUGCUAUGGUCAUCUGGUGACCUUUGGGAUAAUUGCU